AUGGGUCGUUUCACACUCCCACGCGAUAUCUAUCAUGGCAAGGGCGCUCUUGAGAACCUCAAGACACUCAAAGGAAAGAAGGCCUUUGUUGUCGUUGGCACACACGCAAUGCGCCAAUUCGGUUUCCGCGAGAGAGCUGUCAACUACCUCAAAGAGGCACAAUUCGAAGUCAAAGUCUUCGAAGGUGUUGAGAGUGAUCCAUCAAUCGAAACAGUCUUCAAGGGUGCCAAAGUUAUGCAAGAGUUCCAACCAGACUGGAUUGUUGCCAUUGGUGGCGGUUCUCCAAUUGAUGCAGCCAAGGCAAUGUGGGUUGUUUAUGAAUACCCAGAUAUUACAUUUGAGAAGAUGAUCAUCCCAUUUGCGCUUCCAGAACUUCGUCACAAGGCACAUUUCUGCGCUGUUACAUCAACAUCUGGCACAGCUACAGAAGUUACAUCAUUCUCUAUCAUCACAGAUUACCAGAAGGGAAUCAAGUAUCCACUUGCUGACUUCAACCUCACACCAGAUGUUGCCAUUGUCGAUCCAGAGCUUGCAGAUACAAUGCCAAAGAAGCUCGUCGCAUUCACAGGUAUGGAUGCCCUCACACACGCUUUCGAAGCUUAUGUUUCAACAGCUCACAGCGACUUCACAGAUGGUUUAGCUCUCCACGCUAUCAAGCUUAUCUUCGAGAACCUUGAGGCAUCAUACAACGAAAACAAGCAGGCUCGUGCAACAAUGCACAAUGCUCAGAACCUUGCUGGUAUGGCCUUCUCAAACGCUCUUCUUGGUAUUGUCCAUUCUAUGGCUCACAAGACAGGCGCUGCUUUCUCUGGUGGACACAUCGUUCACGGAUGCGCCAACGCUAUGUACCUUCCAAAGGUUAUCAAGUACAACUCCAAGAACGAAGAAGCUCUCCAUCGCUAUGGUGACAUCGCUCGCUUCCUUGGAAUUCAGGGCAAGGACGAUGUUGAGCUCGUUGAUGCUAUCUGCCAAAAGAUCCGUGACCUCUGCGCCAAGAUCAAUGUUCCACUCUGUGUCAAGGACUAUGAGAAUGGCUUGAUCAAUAAACAAGAAUAUCUUUCUAAGAUCAAGGAUGUUGCUGCUAGCUCCAUCCUUGAUGCUUGCACAGGAUCCAACCCACGUCAGCCAACACAAGAAGAAAUGGAGAAACUUCUUCUUGCUGUUUUCUAUGACAAACCAAUUGACUUCUAA